AUGAUGAUUGAGAAAGCCGCACUGCUGCUCUCGCUUGUCGCCUACGGCGCAGCGAAGGUCGAGUUGGCUGGCGUAAACAUUGCCGGCUUCGACUUCACUUGCACCACCGAUGGCAGCUGCGACCUCAGCAAGCUCUACCCGCCACUGACGCAGUACGGCGGCCCGGACGGCGCGGGACAGAUGCAGCACUUCGCGCGAGACCUCGGGCUCAACGUCUUCCGCCUGCCCGUCGGGUGGCAGUACCUGGCCGACAACCGGCUGGGCGUCGACUUCAACGCCGAGAACUUCGCCAAGUACGACGCGCUCGUCCAAGCCUGCCUGAACACGGGGGCCAAGUGCAUCGUCGACCUGCACAACUAUGCGCGCUGGAAUGGGAACAUUAUCGGCCAGUCGGGUGGCGCGGUGACCAACGAGCACCUGACGAACGCCUGGUGGCAACUUGCGACGAAGUACAAGAAUGAGCCCAACGUUAUUUUUGGUGUCAUGAACGAGCCACACGACCUCGACGUUGCGACGUGGGCGACCACCCUUCAGUGGGUUGUGAAUACCAUCCGCAGUGUUGGCGCAACGUCGCAGAUGAUCUUGCUCCCUGGAACAGACUUCUCGGCAGCAGGAUCUUUUCCAACAAACUCCGCCGGUGCUCUGGCAGGCGUCAGAGACACUGAUGGAACAACGACAAAGCUGGUGUUCGACGUGCAUCAGUAUCUUGAUGCAGAAAGGACUGGAACUCACACAGAGUGUGCCCGGGAUGGACUUGAUGAUGGACUGAAGCCGCUGGCCAACUGGCUGAGGGCGAAUGGGCGUAAAGCUUUCUUGACUGAGACGGGUGGUGGAAACACCGGCUCCUGCAGUCAGCACGUCUGUGCAGAGCUAGACUGGAUGAACUACAAUACCGAUGUGUUUGUCGGUUGGGUUGGCUGGUCUGCUGGGUCAUUUGACAGCUCGUAUGAACUUACCUUGACGCCGACUUGGAACGGAAAUUCUUGGGUUGACACGAGCCUGAUGAGGGAUUGUGUGGCUGGGAAAUUCAAUUCGUAG